AUGUCGCUUCCGCCGAUUCUUUACCAUUACUUUCAGCUACCUCUUCCAUAUGCGCGGACCUUGGCUCUUCAGGAACACAUUCACCAGACCCAGCUUCUGCGCCGGCGCUCCGGGCAGCACCAGGACUACCUGCUUCUGCUCCAACACCGCCCCGUUUACACCGCAGGACGGAGGCAGCUGCUCACAUCGCCAGAGGUCGAAGCUGAGGCUGCCCGGCUGACUCACAUUGGCGCGGACUUCGUGGCGACUAAACGCGGCGGUCAGACAACCUACCAUGGUCCCGGACAGAUCGUCGGAUAUCCCCUCCUCGAUCUCGGGCGCAGGACGCCGCCCCUCGGCAUACGCGAAUACAUCUGCAAACUGCAGAAAACGAUCGAGAUGCAUCUCACGGAGGCCCACGGAGUCCAGCACACGCCAAGCGAGCACACCGGCGUGUUCUUGGACGCGCAGACAAAAAUCGCGAGCAUUGGUGUGCAGGUGAGGCAUAGAUUGACGACGCACGGGUUCGCGAUGAACGUUACUCGGGAACCUCGGGCGUGGUUUGACCAAAUCAUUGCGUGCGGAUUGGCGGACGUCAAAGCCGGAUGCAUCGCCGACGCGUCCUCCACCGUGGAGGCAAGCAAGGUUACUGUGGACGGGGAGAUAGACGGGCUUGUGAAGAGGUUCGGGAGGCUCUUUGAGAGAGACAUGGUGAAGCUGGACAUGAGCCCGGGGGAGGAGGUAGUUGAUGCAAUUCGCGCUGCGGAAGAGGAAGCACGCUUGUUGGGCGACUGGCCCUCGAGACCGUCAAAGCAGUUGUCAUGA